AUGGGACACGAGAGCAUUCCACAGUGCUGGUGGGUUUUCACCUGUGAGUGGCCCCAGGAGGGUAGCGACGACGCCGUGGCGCAACAGGCAGUGAAUAAAAUGUCCGAAACGGUGCACUCUCUGGCCAGAGAAGCGGGACUUCUACUAGACUUCAAGUGUAUGAGCUUUUCCAUGGCCUCUCAGCGGGUUCUGGGCAGUUACGGGGCUGAGAACAUCAAGAGGAUGCAGGAGGCUGCAGCCAAGUACGACCCUGAGGGGGUUUUCCAAAAGCUGCAGUACGGUGGCUUUCUCCUGCGCAACAACGUCUAA